AUGCAUCGUCUCAAUCUCAAUAAACUCACAUCCGCUCCGAGGUUCCUCUCCAACUCAUUAACACCCUCAAAUCGUCUCACUUCACGAUUCACAAAAUCUUCUCAGAACUUACGCCAACUCGCAACGGCUACCAACGAUCAAGUACUUCGGAAAGCACCUUCCCCUGUCGAUGGAUUCGUCAAUUCAAAUAACAGCUAUUACAUCGAAGAGAUGUAUCGAAUGUGGAGGAAAGAUCCAAGUUCGGUGCACGCAUCCUGGAACGUCUAUUUCUCUGGCUUGGAAAAAGGAUUGCCUUCCGAGUUGGCAUUCCGACCUCCUCCUGGGCUCGUGAGCAUGCCUCAGCCUGCUGGCGGGGCCCCAAUGUUGGCAAUGCCUGGCUCCGGCGGUGAGGUAGAAGACCACAUGAAAAUUCAACUUUUGGUUCGAGCCUACCAAGUCAGAGGACACCACAUCGCCAAACUUGACCCUUUGAAUCUAUCGGAGGCCGAUCUUGAGACUCUCAGACCGCCUGAAAUGGACCUGAAGCACUACGGCUUCGAUGAAAACACCGAUUACGAUAAAGAGUUCUCACUCGGCCCUGGUAUUCUGCCUCUCUUUCACACCAAAGAUCGUGAAAAAAUGAAAUUGAGGGAAAUUAUCGACGCUUGCAACCGAAUUUACUGCGGUCACAUCGGCUUACAAUACGUUCACUUACCCGAUCGCAAGGAGUGCGACUGGAUCAGAGAGCGAGUGGAACUACCGGUCCCAUGGAGCUACUCAUUAGAAGAGAAACGGAUGAUUCUUGAUCGGUUGAUCUGGUCUGAUUCAUUUGAACGAUUCGUAGCCUCAAAACACCCUAACGAGAAGAGGUUCGGACUCGAGGGUGGCGAAAGUCUGAUUCCAGGUAUGAAGGCUUUGAUCGAUCGAUCGGUUGACGCAGGCGUCAAGAGUAUCGUCAUUGGUAUGCCCCAUCGUGGCAGACUGAACGUCUUGUCAAACGUGGUAAGGAAGCCCAUGGAGGCGAUCUUUAACGAAUUCGCCGGCUCAGCUGAUGCGUCUGAAGACGGUGGAGGUGAUGUCAAAUAUCAUCUUGGUGCCAACUACGUUCGCCCGACGCCUUCCGGAAAGAAAGUGGCGCUUUCUCUAGUUGCCAACCCUUCUCAUCUUGAAGCCGAAGACCCCGUCGUGCUAGGCAAGACCAAAGCCCUGCAGCACUUCGAUGGCGAAGGAUCGACUGACCACGCCAUGGGCAUCUUGUUACAUGGUGACGCAGCCUUCGCUGGUCAAGGUGUGGUCUACGAGACCAUGGGUUUCCACGAUUUGCCUCAUUUUGGAACUGGUGGCACAGUCCACUUGGUGAUCAACAACCAGAUCGGCUUUACCACUGAUCCUCGGCAAGGCCGCUCGACCCCCUACUGCACAGAUAUCGCUAAAUCCAUCGAUGCGCCUAUCUUCCACGUUAAUGGUGACGAUGUCGAGGCUGUUACCUUCGUCUGUCAACUUGCUGCUGACUGGAGAGCCGCGUUCAAGAAAGAUGUCGUCGUUGACAUUGUCUGCUACCGUCGCCACGGGCACAACGAGACUGAUCAGCCCAGCUUUACACAGCCGAAGAUGUACCAAGCCAUUGGCAAACAGCCAUCUACCCUGAAAAUCUACACCGAUCACCUGAUAAAAGAAGGGAGCUUUUCUGAGCAGGAGAUCAACAAUCACAAAGAAUGGGUAUGGGGCAUGAUGGAGAAGGCGUACGAGGGCAGUCAACAUUACAACCCCACGUCGCGCGAGUGGCUUUCGAGCUCAUGGGACGGUUUCCCAUCUCCUAAGGAACUCAAAGAAAAUAUUCUCGAGGCCCGACCUACGGGAGUAGAAAGGAGUGUGAUGAACAAAAUUGGCGAAACGAUCUCUGGAGGAUGGCCAGAGAACUUUGAGGUCCACAAGAAUCUCGGAAGAAUUCUCAAGACCCGAGGAAAAACGAUUGCGGAGGGUGACCAGAUCGAUUGGUCGACUGCCGAAGCCUUGGCCUUUGGCUCACUGUUAUUGGAAGGUAAUCAUGUCAGGGUUUCGGGUCAAGAUGUCGAACGUGGUACCUUUUCUCAGAGACAUGCCGUCUUGCAUGACCAGAACACGAACGAAAAUUACAUCCCGUUGAGUAACCUCAAACCCGAGGGAUCCGAUCCUGUUGGCCCCUUCACAAUUUGCAAUUCGUCCUUGUCCGAGUUUGGAGCUCUAGGAUUUGAGUUGGGAUACUCGUUGGUUGAUCCUCAUCUACUUACCAUGUGGGAGGCCCAAUUCGGCGACUUUGCCAAUAACGCCCAAUGUAUCAUUGAUCAGUUCAUUUGUUCCGGAGAACGAAAAUGGUUACAGAGAACUGGAUUGGUGAUGUCCUUACCCCAUGGAUACGAUGGACAAGGACCAGAACAUUCGAGUGCCCGUAUCGAAAGAUUCUUACAGCUCUGCGACGACGACCCGUUCAAAUUCCCGACGCCGGAGAAAGCCCAGCGAAUCCAUCAAGAUUGCAACAUGCAAUUGGUUUACUGCACGACUCCUUCGAACUAUUUCCAUGUCUUGAGGAGACAAAUCCAUCGCGACUUCCGGAAACCGUUGAUCGUCUUCUUCUCGAAAUCGUUGUUGCGACACCCCUUGGCCAAGUCAUCGAUCAGCGAAAUGGAGCCGGGUACAUUUUUCAUUCCUUUGUUGCCUGAGCCUGGCUUCUCUGGUAUGGUCGAUAAUCAUCAAGUCAAACGUCACAUAUUCUGCUCCGGUCAAGUCUAUUACACAUUGGUCCAAGAACGCGAGAAACGAAACAUUAACAAUGUAGCCAUCACUCGACUCGAACAGCUAUCUCCAGUGCCAUAUUACGAAAUCGUUAAGGCUCUCGAGACUUAUCCAAACAGUGAUGUGAUGUAUUGUCAGGAAGAACCUAUCAAUAGCGGUGCAUACUCGUACCUAGCCCCUCGAUUGGAAAAUGUGAUGAACCAAACGGAAAACCAUGCCGGAAAGAAAGUUUUAUACGCUGGUAGACCCCCAUACGCUUCCGUGGCUACUGGCUCCAAGAAGAUCCACAAACAAGAAAUUCAACAAUUCCUUGACCAAGCGUUUAACGUGGAGGAAGAAGAGAAAUCGGGGUUUUCUUUAUGGAUGUAA